AAGAAAAUGGCUAAUUUAAAACUUAUAGCCACCAUGUCCAAUUCCAUUAUUUCUACUACAUAUUUUGUCCCUUCAACUCUUUGUAUCUCUAGAGCUUUUGUUAGUCCCACUAGACCGAAUGAAAUUGCAAAAAUUGAUAAAGAGACAGCCCAAAAGAUAAAAGAAGCAGCAGUAGCAGUGAAGGAAGGUGCACAAGAAGUAAAAAGUGUGGGGGAUUCUCUCAAGGAAACUAUCUCUUCUAGUGCCGGAAAUGUAAUUUCAGAGAUGUCUAAGAGAGUAUUAGACAAGGCUACAGAGAAGGAAGAAAAGAGUACAUGGGAAACUAUCAAGGAAAAAGUCACUGGCAAGUGAUUUAUAUAUAAUUUUCAUCAUUUGACUCUCUUGACAUCCAUUUAAUAACUUCUUUUUUACCUAUUUAAUAUUUUCUCAGAUUUUAGUUGGUAUUGUAGUUCGAA